AUGGUGGCAGUUCCUUAUAAAGAGCUGAUUUACCGUUAUACUCCCACUGACUAUUUUUACAGAACACAGCCUAUGAGUCCUUCACAACAGCUGGCCAUCAUUUACAGCCAAGAGGAGAAGGCAAGAGACGCGCAAGUAAAACCUACUGACAGCGAUCUAGAAAGGUAUAUGUACUAUGUCACCACUGGUAUCCCCGACUCAGCAGUGGUCCCACAACCUUACAGGCAGAAGAUGAACAUCUGGCGUCAAUUGCCUCCGGACUCUGAGGACAGUAGUAAAUAUAUCCAGACAGUCAGAGCUAACUUGGAAGAGGAGGUUAAAAAAGAUUAUUACUGCAGUAUCAAGAAGGGUAUUGUGGACUAUGUUCUGACUGACUCAUUAGAGUGCCAGCGACUGUCCAUAUCCAGCAUUCCCCAGCCCUUUCCGAGGAGGGUGAUCCGUGCACCAGUGCCUUGGUCAGCUACUUACAGGAAGAUCCGCAAGUGGCAAAGCCAUCAUCUGUUUGCUGUCAAUCACAUUAUGAUAAUGCUUGAAGAUAUAUGGCGAGACAGUUUCUCAUCCUUGAGAUUUGUCAGACUGGAAGAUCUUAUCUCUGCCAACCUCCCUCUCCUGCCAUCUGACUUUGAUGCUUUUGUCCAAAAACAGUGCCAAAAUACCAGAGAAGAACUUGUCCAAAAGUGGCUGCCUCAAUGUGCAGCACUUUUUGAAAACUUUAAUGACCUGUGGUUUCCUCUCAUACACCAGAAUGAGCAGAUGUCUCCAGUUCGUGAGCAGAGGUUUUUCAACUGUGUGGCUGCUCACAUGUCAUUGCAGCUUCGAAGCCUGGUCAUAAAAUCAUUACAGGACUUGCUCAAUUUCUUCAUAGUCCAUGAGGAGGGCAAUGAUUUUGGCGAUGUGUUUGAUGAGGUGAAAUAUGUGCAUGCUCAGAUUCUGCUGGUUAAGUUACAAGUGGAGGAGCAUGGCGUUAACCUCUAUCCAAGCUUGAAGGAAUGUUGGGUGAUCAUCCAUAGAGCCUUUGUGGAAAUUCUCAAGAGUGCUGAGAAGCUGCCAAGGGUGACAUGCAACUUUCCAGAUCCCAAAAACUUGUACCUACGCACUGUGAAGCCUGAGGAAUUGUCGGUUACAGAAGUUUUCAACAAAAUUGAGGACAUUUUCAACAGAAACACUUUUGGACCUAAAAAGUAUUUGCAAGUGUAUCAAAAAUACAGCGAUCUACUGGACAAUUCAGCAGAGCAGGAGAUAACAGUAUUCCUCAAAGAAAAGCAUUCAUUAUGCGAUUUUACCAGCAAAAUUGAGAACAUAAAUGACGCAUUGAAGGAGGUUGCCUCAUUGCCUGUCACAGUGCAUAUGUCUAUGUUUCGUCUAGAUUCAGGCAAGCUAAAUAAAGACAUGGAUUAUCAGUGUAAGAGACUGAAAGGAAAGAUUGUAAAGUUUGAAGUGGAAGAGAACCGAGAGCUUAACAAGGGGAUCUGUCAAAAGUAUGAGGAUAUUACUGCUACACUCAGAGGUACCCCAGAAACUACAGAGGAAGUAGUGUCUCUUUACCAGUACAUUAGAGAGACCACUGAAGAGACACUUCAAAAUCUGAAAGAUGAGAUUGAUGAAGCAAAACACCGCCUCCUCUUCCUUCUGGAUUAUGCCACUCUGUCAUCUGAUGACAUAAAGCUGAAUGCCCGUGUUUUUCAGUGGCCGAAACAGAUCCUGACUGAGCUUGAUGACAGCAAGACCCGUCUGGCUGCCAUGAGAGAACGAGUUGAAGAAAAUCUUCAAAGGCGGAUUGAAGAGUUUGACAAGAGGCUGAAGUGUGUGGACAAAGAGAUACUGGCUUUUAAAGAGAAAGCAGGGAUGAGCAUGGAGGAGAUAAAAGAGAAUGUGCAGGCUCUCUCUGAAAUCACCUCCAACCUUGAGUCUGCUGUCUUUGAACUAGAAGAUAUCAACAGGCAGCAGGGAAUGCUGGACCAGGAGCAAACACAAUUCCCUGAGCUGCAAGUUCUAAUAUCUAACAAACAACCUCAUGAACAGCUCUGGAGAACAGCUCUAAAGUUUGAGAUCAAUUCAGAAGUAUGGAUGAAUGGUCCCUUUCAAGAUCUAAAUGCUGAAAGCAUUUCUGAUGAGCUGGAUUCCAUGUGGAGGACAAUGCAUAAAUUGAACAAGUCUUUUUCUGAUCUUCCUGGGCUUUGCGGCAUGACCAAAAACUGCAAAAGCAAAAUAGACAAGUUCAAGAAGCACCUACCCAUCCUGACAACCAUUUGUAACCCAGGCAUCAAAGUCCACCACUGGGAAAUGAUUAGCAGCACUGUGGGGUUUAAAGUUAAACCAAACAAGAAAAGCUCACUGAUGGACAUGUUAGACCUGGGGCUCUCCAACUUUGCUGAUCAGUUGGAAGAAAUUGGUGCAUUAGCCAGUAAGGAGUACUCUCUUGAAAAAGCCUUGGAGAACAUGAAAAAUGACUGGGCUGACCUCCACUUCUCUCUCACUCAAUACAGAGAUACAGAAUACAAAAUUGUAUCUGCUGUGGAUGACAUCCAACUGCUUCUAGAUGACAACAUUAUGAAGACACAGACCAUGAAAGCUUCUCCUUUUAUUAAGCCAAUAGAGACAGAAUGUAAAGAAUGGGAGACCAAGCUGGUGAGUAUGCAGGACAUCUUAGACACCAUGCUGAAGUGUCAGGCCACUUGGCUCUACCUCGAACCCAUCUUUAGUUCCGAGGAUAUCAUUGCGCAGAUGCCUGAGGAGGGACGCAAGUUUGGAAUUGUGGACACCUGCUAUAAGAAUAUCAUUGCAGGGGCUGUUAGAGAUACACAUGUGCUGGUGGCUACAGACCAACCCAACAUGCUGGAACGCCUGCAGGAGUCCAAUGUGCUUCUUGAUGAUAUCCAAAAAGGCCUGAAUACCUACCUGGAAAAGAAGAGGCUCUUUUUCCCAAGGUUCUUCUUUCUGUCAAACGAUGAGCUGCUAGAGAUUUUGUCACAGACCAAAGACCCCCUGUGUGUCCAACCUCACCUGAAAAAAUGCUUUGAGGGCAUCGCAAAACUGGAGUUCUCAGAAAACAUGGAGAUCCUAGGCAUAAUCAGCUCUGAAAAGGAAACUGUGCCCUUCACCGAAAUGAUUAAUCCUGCCGAUGCCAACGGAAUGGUGGAGAAGUGGCUACUGCAGGUGGAACAUCAAAUGCUCGUGAGUGUUCGACAUGUUAUUCAUCAAGGUGUGAAACAGUAUGCAGAGCUGCCUAGAAAAGAGUGGGUGUUGCAGUGGCCAGGCCAAGUUGUCAUUUGUGCUUCCUCCAUCUUUUGGACAAGUGAAGUGUCUGAAGCUAUCAAUACAAACUCCCUGCCUACCUAUGUUGAAAAGUGUAACUCCCAAAUUGCUGACAUUGUGGGGUUGGUACGUGGGGCACUCCCAGGAGGGGCAAGAAUGACCCUUGGUGCCCUCAUUGUUAUUGAUGUUCAUGCCCGAGAUGUUGUGGCAAAUUUAGACGAGGAUUGCGUGUCCACGCUAAAUGACUUUGCUUGGAUUUCUCAGUUGCGUUACUUCUGGGAGAAUGAGGAAGUGAUGCUGCGCAUGAUAACUACGUGUGUGAAAUAUGGCUAUGAAUAUCUAGGAAACUCCCCUCGUCUGGUCAUCACACCCCUUACAGACCGCUGUUACAGAACCCUCAUGGGAGCCUUGAAGCUUAACUUAGGAGGAGCUCCAGAGGGUCCAGCUGGAACUGGCAAGACCGAGACUACAAAAGAUCUGGCAAAAGCUUUGGCUAAACAGUGUGUUGUUUUCAACUGUUCUGAUGGCUUGGACUACAAAGCCAUGAGUAAAUUUUUCAAAGGGCUGGCCCAGUCUGGAGCUUGGGCCUGUUUUGAUGAGUUUAAUCGUAUUGAGGUAGAGGUGCUUUCUGUGGUGGCUCAGCAGAUCCUCUGUAUACAACAGGCCAUUGCCAAGGAUCUGAAGACUUUUAUGUUUGAGGGAACAGAGCUGUCACUCAACCCAACCUGCAAUGUCUUCAUCACCAUGAACCCUGGUUAUGCUGGCAGGGCUGAACUCCCUGACAACUUGAAGGCUCUUUUCCGCACAGUGGCUAUGAUGGUUCCAGACUAUGGUCUCAUUGCAGAGAUCUCUUUAUACUCCAUGGGCUUCAUUGAAUCUCGGAGCCUGGCUCAGAAAAUUGUGGCCACGUAUCGCUUGUGCUCUGAGCAGCUUUCCUCCCAGCACCACUAUGACUAUGGUAUGCGAGCUGUGAAGUCUGUGCUGACUGCAGCAGGAAAUUUGAAACUAAAGUACCUGGACGAGGAUGAGAGUGUGCUGUUGCUCCGGGCGCUGAUGGAUGUCAACAUGGCCAAGUUCCUGGCACAGGAUGUGCCUCUGUUUCAGGGUAUCAUCUCUGAUUUAUUUCCAGGGGUUGUACUUCCAAAACCAGACUAUGAUCUCCUUCUCAAGGCUCUCAAUGACAACAUUGCUAAGUUCAACCUCCAGCCCGUCUCAUGGUUUGUUGGCAAAAUUAUCCAGGUGUAUGAGAUGAUGUUGGUACGCCAUGGCUUCAUGAUAGUAGGAGACCCUCUUGGAGGAAAAACCUGUUCUUAUAAGGUUCUUGCAGCUGCUCUGAGAGACCUUUAUGAAGCCAAGCUGAUGGAUGAGUUUGCUGUGAGCCACCAGAUCAUCAACCCUAAAUCAAUUACCAUGGGCCAACUGUACGGCUGCUUUGAUCCUGUCAGCCAUGAGUGGUCUGAUGGUGUCCUGGCCACCACCUACAGAAACCAGGCCAUGUCCACCUCAGAAAAUCGGCAGUGGAUUAUUUUUGAUGGACCUAUUGAUGCUGUUUGGAUUGAGAAUAUGAACACUGUGCUGGAUGACAACAAGAAGCUUUGUCUGAUGAGUGGUGAGAUUAUACAGAUGAGUGCUAAAAUGAGUCUUAUCUUUGAACCUGCUGACCUGGAGCAAGCCUCCCCGGCUACCGUCAGUAGGUGUGGAAUGAUCUACAUGGAACCUGAACAGCUGGGCUGGACUCCUCUCAGAGACUCUUACAUGAACACUCUGCCCAAAAAGCUGAAAACAAAACAUAAAGCAAUGAUCUCUGACCUGUUUGAUUGGUUAGUUCCACCCUGUCUGGAUUUUAUAGACUGUGAGUGUCGCUUUGUGAUUCAAACAUCUCCUAUCCACUUGGUCCAUAGUCUAAUGAAUCUGUAUACUUGCUUGAUGGAUGAAAUCGGGGCAUCAGGAAACAAGGGUGCACAGACAUUAUCCAGCCAGCAGAUAAUUGUGUGGCUACAAUGUCUGUUUUUGUUUUCAGCUGUAUGGAGUCUCGGUGGAACCAUCACUGGGGACAGUCGUAAGAAAUUUGAUGUCUUCUACCGUAACCUGGUAAUUGGCAAAAACGGAAACCACAAACGGCCUAAGAGUUUUACACUCAAAAAGAAAAACAUGUUCCCUGAGUCAGGCUCUGUCUAUGACUUCUACUUACACAAAAAGGGACAAGGGGAGUGGAAUGUAUGGACUGAUUUAAUCACAAAAGAAGAGAGUGCCAUUGCACCUGGAGCUAAUGUGUCAGACCUCAUUAUACCCACCAUGGAGACAGCACGUCAGUUGUAUUUCCUGCACACAUACCUGUCACAUGAAAUACCCAUGCUUUUUGUGGGGCCCACUGGAACUGGAAAAUCAGUCAUAAACAACAGCUUUUUGGAAAUGCUACCAAAGGAGCAGUAUACUCCAAACUGUAUCAAUUUCUCAGCCCGCACCUCAGCAAAUCAAACACAAGAUAUCAUCAUGGCAAAACUGGACCGAAGGAAAAAGGGCACAUUUGGACCACCUUCAGGAAAAAAGUGUGUCAUUUAUGUUGAUGAUCUGAACAUGCCAGCUAAAGAAAUCUAUGGUGCCCAACCCCCAAUUGAACUGUUAAGGCAGUGGAUUGAUCACCGCCACUGGUAUGACAGGAAGGACACCUCCAGGCAGAACAUAGUGGAUGUGCUAUUUAUGUCUGCAAUGGGGCCUCCUGGUGGUGGGAGGAAUGACAUUACAGGGCGUUUCACACGACAUCUGAACAUCAUCACAAUUGAUUGCUUUGAUGAUGAAACACUGUCUAAGAUAUUUGGUUGCAUCACUGACUGGCACUUUAGCAAAGGGUUUGAUGUCUCUUUCAUUGAGUUGGGCAAGACCAUGGUCCAGGCAACAAUGACAGUCUAUCAGGAUGCCAUAAAAUAUUUCCUGCCCACCCCAUCUAAAUCCCACUACAUCUUUAACCUGCGAGACUUUGCUCGAGUCGUACGAGGUGUACUCCUGGCUCCACACACACACAUGAAGGCAGAAGACAAACUGAUCCGCCUGUGGAUCCAUGAGAUCUACCGUGUUUUCUAUGACCGUCUCAUUAGCGAAGAUGACAAAGAAACAUUCUUUAACAUUGUCAAAGAGAGAACUAUGAAGUUUUUCAGGCAGAGCAUGGAACAGCUCCUGGGCCACCUCAGUGAAGAUGGCAAUGUCGUGGAUGAGUGCAUCCGAAGCUUGUUCUUUGGUGACUAUGCCAUGCCUGAUUCAGACAUCAAGGUUUAUGAUGAAAUCACAGACUUGAAUUUAUUGCAAGACGUUAUGGAGACCUACCUGGAAGAGUACAACAACUGCAGCAAGACACCCAUGUCUCUUGUUAUGUUCAAAUUUGCCAUUGAGCACAUUUCCCGCAUUUGCCGUGUGCUGAAACAAGACAACGGCCACCUUCUGCUCGUCGGCAUCGGGGGUUCAGGGCGCCAGAGUGCCACAAAGCUGGGUACCUUUAUCAAUGAUUACACCUUGUUCCAAAUUGAGCUGACCAAAAGCUACACCAUGUCAGACUGGCGAGAUGACCUGAAACGGAUGAUGCUUAAAGCAGGUGUUGAAGGCAAUAAUUCAGUUUUCCUGUUUAAUGACAGCCAAAUUAAGGAUGAGGCCAUGUUGGAGGAUGUCAACAUGCUGCUUAAUACUGGUGAUGUGCCAAACAUCUUUCCUUCUGAUGAACGUGCAGAAAUCCUUGAGAAAGCUCAAGGAAUCGCCCGGAUGGAAGGCAAAAAGAUUGAUUCUUCUCCACUAUCAUUGUACAACUUCUUUAUCGACCGUGUGAAGUCAAACCUUCAUAUCGUGCUAGCCAUGAGCCCCAUUGGUGAUGCAUUUAGGAACCGUCUUAGAAUGUUCCCCUCCCUCAUCAACUGUUGCACCAUUGACUGGUUUCAUGCAUGGCCAACUGAUGCUCUGGAGAUGGUGGCCCACAAGUUCUUAGAAGAUGUGGAAAUGGAGAGUGAAGUCAGACUAGAGGUGGUGGAAAUGUGCAAGAACUUCCAGACAAGUGUCGUGGAUUUGUCCCAGGCAUUCUUUUCCAGAUUAAGGAGACACAACUAUGUCACACCCACUUCCUACCUUGAACUCAUUCUCACAUUUAAGAAUCUUCUUGGCGAUAAGAGGGAUGAAGUUGACACUGCCAGGAACCGAUAUAUUGUUGGUCUUGAGAAACUGGACUUUGCUGCGUCCCAGGUGUCAGAAAUGCAGCAGGAGCUGACAGACUUGCAGCCAGACCUUAUCAAGACUUCAGCUGAGACAGAUCAGAUGAUGAUCAAGAUUGAGGGAGAAACAGUCGAAGUGGAUGCCAAAAAAGAAGUUGUGACUGCUGAUGAGAAAGUGGCUAAUGAUGCAGCAGAAGCAGCAUCAGAAAUAAAAGAUGACUGUGAGAAAGACCUGGCAGAAGCAUUGCCUGCUCUAGAAGCUGCCCUGUCAGCCUUAAAUACCUUAAAACCUGCUCAUAUCACAGAAGUUAAGUCGAUGAAGAACCCACCUGGUCCAGUUAAACUAGUCAUGGAGUCCAUCUGUAUCAUGAAGGGCAUCAAACCUGAGAAAAAACCGGAUCCAAGUGGCUCUGGUAAGAUGGUUGAAGAAUUCUGGGGCCCUUCCAAGAAACUCCUAGCAGACCAGAAGUUUUUGGAAAGUCUCAAAACCUAUGACAGAGACAACAUCCCUGCCAUUUACAUCAAGAAAAUCAGAGACAAGUAUAUUGACAACCCCGACUUCCAUCCCUCUGUUAUUAAAAAUGUGUCAUCGGCUUGUGAGGGUCUCUGUAAGUGGGUGCGGGCAAUGGAAGUGUAUGAGCGUGUAGCCAAAGUUGUAGCACCAAAGAAGGAGAGAUUGAAGCAAGCUGAGGAAGAGGUGGCAGAGCAAAUGGAAACUUUGGCUGUGAAGCAAGCUGAGCUGAAAGAAGUAGUGGACAGACUGGAGAGCUUGAAUAAAGACUUGGCAAAAAUGAUUGAGAAGAAGAAAGAGCUUGAAAACAACAUUAAAUUGUGUUCUGAGAAGCUGGACAGGGCAGAGAAGCUAAUUGGCGGACUGGGUGGUGAGAAAGACAGAUGGACAGAGGCUGCAAGGCAGCUUGGGAUUACAUACACCAACCUGACAGGUGACAUACUCCUUUCCUCAGGAACUAUAUCCUACCUUGGGGCAUUUACUGUAGAGUUCCGUACAACAUGUCAGGAAAAUUGGCACACAGUGUGCCAAGAGAAGAAAAUCCCUUGCUCUGGGGACUUCACCCUCAGCACCACUCUGGGUAACCAGGUGGCCAUCAGAGCAUGGCAGAUUGCUGGGCUGCCAGUGGACUCCUUCUCAACAGACAAUGGUAUCAUUGCCUUUAACUCCCGUCGAUGGCCCCUAAUGAUAGACCCUCAAGGUCAAGCAAACAAAUGGAUCAAGAACAUGGAGAAGGCAAAUAAGCUCUCUGUCAUCAAACUAUCAGAUGAUAACUAUGUGAGGACACUGGAGAACUGCAUUCAGUUUGGUAAUCCUGUUCUUUUGGAGAAUGUUAGAGAGGAACUUCAACCUGUACUUGAGCCUGUGUUACUAAAGCAGACCUUCAAACAGCAUGGUGUGGAGUACAUGAAAGUAGGUGAGAAUAUUGUGGAAUAUUCUAAAGAAUUCAAAUUCUACAUGACUACUGGUCUGAGGAACCCUCACUAUCUUCCUGAAGUAGCUGCCAAAGUCUGUAUUCUGAAUUUUAUGAUCACGCCACAAGGCUUACAGGACCAGCUUUUGGGUCUUGUAGUGGCCAAGGAGAGGCCUGAACUUGAAGAGAAGAAGAACAAACUCAUUCUUGAGAGUGCAGCCAACAGCAAACAGCUAAAGGAAAUUGAGGAUAAAAUCUUGCAAGUCCUUUCCUCUUCUGAGGGCAACAUCCUGGAGGACGAGGGUGCGGUUAAGAUCUUGUCUUCUUCCAAGAUUCUCUCAGAGGAGAUCUCUAAAAAGCAACAAAUUGCCAGUGUCACAGAGAAAGAAAUUGAUGACACCCGUAUGGGCUAUCGUUCCGUGGCAGAGCACUCCUCCGUCUUGUUUUUCUGCAUCUCAACACUGGCCAACAUUGAACCCAUGUAUCAGUACUCCUUGACCUGGUUCUUCCACCUCUACCUAUAUUCCAUUGCUGAGAGCCCGAAGAGUGAUGAUGUGAAUGAAAGAAUUGACAACAUUGCUGAACACUUUACUCUCUGCAUCUAUAAAAAUGUCUGCCGCUCACUUUUUGAAAAGGAUAAGUUGCUAUUUUCCCUGCUACUCACUGUAGGCAUAAUGCAGGGUAAAGGCGAGGUUGACGACCAAGUUUGGCACUUCCUUUUAACAGGUGGUGUUGCUUUGGAUAAUCCACAUCCUAACCCUGCUCCAGAGUGGCUAUCUGAAAAAUCUUGGACUGAGAUUGUCAUGGGCUCUAAACUGCCAAACCUGCAUGGUUUCUUUGAACAUGUCAAUGACAAAAUAGAUGAAUGGAAGAGGCUUUAUGACUCAGGGCAUCCUCAUAAGGAGCAGUUGCCUGACAAGUGGAGUGAUUUGGUCGGGAUGGAUCGAAUGGUUGUGAUCAGAUGCUUCAGGCCAGAUAAACUGGUUCCAGCUGUGCAGGAUUUUAUUGUAGCUAACAUGGGACAGGCUUUCAUUGAACCACCCAAUUUUGACUUGGCAGAGAGCUACAAAGACUCAAACUGCUGCUCUCCUCUCAUCUUUGUGUUGUCACCAGGCUCUGAUCCAACUGCAGGUCUGUUGAAGUUUGCUGAUGACCUUGAAAUGGGGGGCAGUAGGACCCAAACCAUUUCCCUUGGGCAGGGACAGGGACCCAUAGCGGCUCAGAUGAUUAACAAAGCCAUCAAAAAGGGCACAUGGGUGGUGCUACAAAACUGUCACCUGGCCACCAGCUGGAUGCCCGCUCUCGAGAGGAUCUGUGAAGUAACCAUCACCCCAGAGAACACAAGCUCCAAGUUUAGGUUGUGGUUAACUAGUUAUCCUUCUGACAAGUUCCCAGUUAGUAUUCUGCAGAAUGGGCUGAAGAUGACAAAUGAGCCACCUAAAGGAAUAAGAGCCAACCUGAUGCGCUCUUACCAGAGUCACCCCAUCUCUGAUCCUGCCUUCUUUGUCAGCUCCAAAAAACAAGAAACUUGGCAAAAGCUCUUGUUUGGUCUGACCUUCUUCCAUGCACUGGUACAGGAAAGGAGGAACUUUGGGCCUCUAGGCUGGAAUAUUCCAUACGAGUUUAAUGAGUCUGACCUGAGGAUCAGCAUCAGGCAGAUCCAGAUGUUCCUGGAUGAGUAUGAGGAGGUUCCACUGGCAGCCCUCACAUACCUCACAGGAGAAUGCAACUAUGGAGGCAGGGUGACCGAUGACAAAGACAGACGUCUGCUGCUGUCACUCCUGUCCAUCUUCUACAAUUGGGAGGUGAUACGGCAGGAAUGCUACAAUCUGUGUGAGGGAAAUCUGUAUCACAUUCCAGCUCACGGACCCUACGAGACAUACAUUGACUACAUUCGCAGUCUUCCAAUUUGUCCCGAUCCUUGUGUUUUUGGACUUCACAGCAAUGCUGACAUCACAAAAGACAAUCAAGAAACCAAUCUGCUCCUGGGAGGAGUACUAUUAACUAUGCCAAGACAGAUGGGAGGUGGGGCUAAGUCUCCUCAGGAAGUAGUAGAUGAGCUUGCAGAAGACAUCCUCUCCAAGUUGCCAGCAGACUUUGACACACAAAUGGUGAUCGAAAAAUACCCUGUCGUAUAUGAGGAAUCUAUGAAUACUGUUUUGAGGCAGGAGAUAAUCCGCUUCAAUAGACUCACAAUUGUGGUGCGGGAAAGUCUGGUGAACAUCAAAAAAGCUUUGAAAGGCCAGAUUGUUAUGUCUUCUGAGCUUGAAGACAUCUUUAACAGCAUGCUGGUGGGCAAGGUGCCUGCUAUGUGGGCAGCCAAGUCAUACCCCUCUCUCAAACCAUUGGGGAGCUACGUGACUGAUCUGUUAGCCAGACUGCAAUUCCUACAAGACUGGAUAGAUAAAGGUCCGCCGUCAGUCUUUUGGCUUUCUGGAUUUUAUUUCACUCAGUCAUUCCUUACGGGAGUGUCUCAGAAUUUUGCCAGGAAGUAUACCAUUCCUAUUGACUUCAUCGGCUUUGAAUAUGAGGUAACCAAAGAAGAGAAACACAUGGAUGAGAAGCCAGAGGAUGGAGCCUAUGUUAAAGGCCUUUUCAUGGAAGGUGCACGCUGGGACAGAGAGAGCAUGUUCAUUGGGGAGUCCCUCCCCAAGAUUCUCUUUGACACUUUACCCAUCAUCAAGCUUAAACCUGGAGAGAUGUCCAAAUUUAAGCAUGAAAACAUAUAUGUUUCUCCUGUUUACAAAACCAGUGCUCGCAGAGGGACCUUGUCCACCACAGGCCAUUCCACCAACUAUGUAAUGUCUAUCGAAUUGCCCUCCGACAAGCCACAAAAGCACUGGGUUAACCGUGGAGUGGCAUGCCUCUGCCAGCUGGAUGACUAGUAACAAGCUGCUGUGUUUCAAGGUGGAGACCAGAUAGAUGAGGAAGAAUAUGGUAAGGAAGACAAAGAAGGGGAAUAAGAUGAUUUUUAUUUUUUAUCUUUCAUCUGAAGAUUCCCCUUCAUCGACCAUUAAAGAACAAAUACGUGUGGACAUGAACUGUUCUUAUCUGUCCGUUAUUUUUAAAUAAGAAUGUUCCACCUUCAGAUUACCUGAUAACAGUUUGUCAUAGAUUUUCUGUACUGUAAAAAAUACUUUUAUGUGCACCUUGUAGAGAUGAACAUGUUAGGAAUGUACAUACAUAAAAAUGUAUACAACACUAUUUUUGAAGUAAAUCAAAAUUUGUGGGGAAUGACUGGAGAAGAAAUUCUUGCCUUCAACAUUGAACAGAGACAUGGUUUGGUACUGGCCAGAUUUGUGUGUUUUUUAAGAAAAAGGUAUGAGAGCACCAAGCAACCGACAGGUGAGACCAACUAACUAGUAGUUUGUUUUAACACCGGUACAGUAAA